AUGGAAAGACGUGAUAGGGUACUACUUCCUUUGGUAAGAGGCGCAAUAAGACGCAUACCCAAUGUAGACGCUGUGGUCGAAGGGCCUAUCACAUACAAAAAAAGACAUGCUCUGCUUGUGGGUAUCCUUCAGCUCGAAUGCGGAAGUAUAACUGGUCACAGAAGGCGAUCUGCCGAAAUACAACUGGUACAGGACGCACAUCACAUCUUAGAAAAGUGCAUAGACGUUUCAAAUAUGGCUUCCGAUCUGGCCCGCCUAGGGCUAAGGCUAUCAAAUCGAACUAAUUUUCGUGUACCAAAUUUUGAUUCAUAG